UUCUGCAACACAUUUAAAAACAAAUGUAUAUGAAGUCACCGAUUAUGCAGAAGCCUUUAGAACAAGAAGAUGACAAGAUUGAAAUCAUUGCUCAUGUUUGGUUGCUUUCUUCUAUGUCUGGCAACAAUACUGUUUGUGUUACUGGCUAACACAAAGUUACGAGUGACAGCGGAACAUAUCAAGGUUGAAUUAGAUAGCGUGAUAUCAAUAGAACAAAGACAAAAUAAUAUAUGGAAUAUAUCAGAUAAAGGUCCCAUCUCUCCAUCCUUAUAUUACUGCAACUUCCCUUCUGCAAAUGACGAAUUUACUGCAGAAGAAGGUAAACCUCCAAAAUCAAGCUGGGUGUUGAAGCAGAUUCAAGUUGUUAUUCGACAUGGUGAUAGAAGUCCAAUAGGAUUUGAAUUGUAUAAAAAACUAAAAGUCAGACCAGACUAUUGUCAACUGAGACCAAAUCAUCAGCCUAGUCAUCCUUCUUUGAAGCAAUUUAGGAAGACAAUAUCACUGGAUCAUACAAGACUGAUAAUGCAAGGACGCAAACUUAUUACUUCGCCUUUUCCCAGAAGCGAAAUUUGUGGAAGUGCAACCUUGAGUCAGUUAGGUGUGGUUCAGCACAUACACAAUGGUGAAAUACUACGGAAGAUGUACAUUCAAAAUCACAAUCUUCUGGCAGAAGCAAUUAAAAAUAAAGCGGAAAUAGCCAAUAAAAUUCUUGUUGUUUCCACAACCAGAUCUAGAACUGUACAGAGUGCUAUUGCUUUUUUAUAUGGACUCAUUCCUGAUUUUCAUCUAGACCAGGUUGAUAUCAAGUAUUCUAACAGUGAUAUUUUUUCAAUGAAAAAAUGUCCUGCUGUUUCUUUAUUGGAGCAAAAUAUAAAAAACAUGAGGUAUAAGAUCUAUAUUGAACAUCAAAAAAAGAAUUCUACUUUUCGUAAACUCGCAGAUGGCUUUGGUAUCAAUGAUCACUCAGGAGUUCUAAUUGAUAGUUUUGUGACUGGAUUUCUUUGCAAAAACUAUAAACUACCUUGUGCUGGCAAUCAAUCUUGUGUCACUGUGAAAGAUCUCGACGUCUUAUUAGAAGAAGAAGAAUAUAUGAUGAAGCGAAUUUCAAAAGAAUCAUAUUACGUAAACCAGUCAAUUUUGAGACUUCGUCCCUUGUUACAUAGAAUAUCAAAAAUGAUUAUGAACAAAAUAUCAAACGAUACCAAACCUGAUGUAGUUCUCAUAUCAGGACAUGACACCACAUUGAAACCUCUCAUAAGAUCUCUCGGAAUUCCAGAAUACAGGUGGCCUCGUCUUGGAACAAGGCUUGUGUUUGAACUCUGGUUCGAUCCAGAUACAAAUCAACAUUUUGUCAGAAUUUUACUCAAUGGAAAAGAUUAUACAAUGCAAACAGCAUGUUGUAAAACUCAGGAACAUCACCAUGAUUCUUCAAAAGUUUGUAAUGUCAACAAUUUCUUUUCAUUUGUAACAUCUGGAAUUUUCAAGCACUUCAGUGCCAAAACACACGAUGAAGCAUGUAACACUGCACCUUUAUUUAUGAACUAAAAAUUAUGUAUUUUUUUUUAUAUUAUUCUCUUGAGCUAUGUUUUUUUUUUUCGUUCGAAUUCUUCACUGAUAUAAGCAAUAAUAAUCUUUUGAGUAAAUGUGUUAUCUUUCAAAUAAAUAUGCUGUUAGCGUUUACACACAGUAUAUAGGUUCGAAUACCAUCCAGCUAAAUGUCUUCAUUUUUAAUAGCUAAUAUUUCUGACUUGUGCACUUAUAUGCAUUUUAUCGUGGCACAAACCAUUAAAUGUUUUUCAAUGUUUUUUUCAAUCCAUAAUAUUAUGGAAAUAUUUUGCACAACAUAAUUGAAAGUGUCAAUUUUUACCAUGUACUUUUUUGUUUUUUCAAAAUAUAGUACUGAAGAAUUAUUUCAACCAUCUGUAUAUCUUAAACAGUCAAUUGUUGGACUAUUUUAUUUACUUUAAAUAUAAAUUGAACAAUUUUAGUGUAUAGUACUGUAAGCAGUAAUUGCUGCCUUGCUGUUGUGUGGAUAUUCGUACAAAUUUUCUAAAUCAUGAUGUAUAAAAAUUCAGCAUUCAGCAACAUUCAGUAUUGUGCCAUCCUUUAUAGAGUUCAAAUUAUAUUGAAGGUCAUUAGGUUGAUGUAAUUUAAUUUUGGAUGCUUUGCUGAAGUUGAAAUCUUUUUAAGCAUUUGUUUCUGUAAGUAAGUAGAGGAUAGAGGAUUUUCGCCCAAUUUUCCAUUCUGUCCAUCCUAGCUCGGAAGUUUUUGUCUCAUUUUAAGUGUUCCAAAAGUGUGAUAGCACACUGUCUGUAGCCUUCAAUAUUAUUUCAUGGUAGCCUUGAUUAUAGCAGUUGGAUAUUUAAUGUUCUAGCAUGAAGGACUCACUGUAUAAGUUCUCCCAUGAAAUCGUCUACUUACACUUAUGUGCACUAAUACUGUUGCUAACCAAUUUAUAUUAUGCUCAGUACUUUUAAGCAAUAUUUGUGUGACAGGUUGAAUGUUCAGUCUGUAUUGUUUUGUCUAUCAAUCCAUUGGUUUUGUGGGAUUACAGAAUUUCCGGACCAUGAGGUGGCAUAAGAGCCGGAUUGAGUUAUUAUUUUCAAUUGCUUCAGGAGUUAUUUAAAAAUAAUAAUAAAUAUAUGUGGAUUUUUGGAUUUAUUUACCAGUAUUCACCACAGUAGCGACAAAUAAUUAACCUUUUGCACCAGAUAUAAAUCUACAAGUAUUUGUAUAUUGUGAAAAAACCCAAAAUCAUAACCCAAACGAUCUUGCUGUUGGAAAAUUGAAUGGAGCGAAAAGUUCAUAUACUGGUUUGUAUGCUGUUUUCUUUUCUUACAAAUUCUUCAAUCCAUAGGAAAGAUGUGUCUGCGACCUACUUUAUAGCUUUACAACUUAAUUGUGCAAUAUCUGUUUGUGUUAAUGGUGUGUGAAUGGUGUUAAACUUUCUUCAAUAAAUAUAUUGGAAACUA